AUGUUAAAUGAGGAUGAAGAGAAAGAAACUGAAACAAAUAAAUCAACAAAUGAAGACUCGAAAGGAGAAUCUGCUGCUGUUCUAGUAAAGGAUGUCCCCAGUUCAAAUAGUACUGCUACUAAGCGAAAAAGAAGCGAUCUUAGCAUUUCCACUGCCAGCACUGCUGAGUUACCAACGUGGGUAGCUGGUACUUCACCAGCGAAAUUUGUGAGUAUGGAUGACUUGAUGAAGAUGUCAGAAGCAUUGGAGAAUAUGGCACUGGUACAUGAAAUUGCGGUUAAUCCCGAGUUUGUUAUCGAGAAAAACCCAGCAAAUCAAAUAGAGCAAAUGGUGGAAGAUUGUAUGAAAAAAGCUUACUGGGAUAAACUGCGUGAAGACCUUACUCGCAUACCGCCAGAUUACUCUUGCGCCCUGACUUUGCUUGAUGAUAUCAAAAAGAUGAUGUUAGAUUUGCUGACACAACACCAUGUUCGUUUGCGUUCCGAAAUAGAAUGUAUACUGGAUACUGAUUUAUUAAAGCAACAAGCUGAAAAUAAGUGUUUGGACGUGCGUCAAUUAUUUGAAAGUAUUGUUGAGCUCUUGAGUAGGCUUUGUGCACCAGCAAGAGACAAAAUGGUGAAUGAUUUGCGUGAGAAGACAGAUAAUGUAGAUAUGUUAAGAGGUGUAUGUGAACUUCUGGAUUUAAUGAAAUUGGAUAUGGCCAACUUUUUUGUACAAAUUAAUCGCUCUGCUGUUGAAAAGCAUUCAGCUGAAUACGAAAGAAAGCAAUUUAUGAAGCUACUGGACAAAAGUCCAGAAUUGGAAUUGUCAACGAUGAAAUGGUUGUAUAGACAUAUAAGUAUGAACAGUACAGAUGCACCAUCAGCCAAGAAAAGUUUUGAAGACUUGAAUAACAGUGAAGUGAAUGGUAUAGUAAGUAGUGCGUAUAUGGAAUUGUUAGAAUGGGAUUGUCAAAAUGCCUACCCUGAAACCCUCAAGAUCGAUCGCUUACGACUGGAAUCUAUAGCUACGAAAUAUUUGCAGUUAAUCAUAUGUACCAGUUGUGUACUGGUUUCUUGCAAUCUUGCUGGAAAGGACGUAGCUCAAAUUAAAGAUUUCAAGACAAAUUUAAAAAACGACGUGAUUGUAAUUACUGAUAAUAUCGUUGAAAGUAAUAUAGUGGAUCAUCUUGAAGCAGUAUCUGUUCUUUGUAAUAACAGAAUAUCAAAGUGUUGCGAAACAUUAAACAUUAACUGGACUAAGGAAAAAUCCAUUGAAUUGGGAGAACAAAUUUUGCAAAUUAGGGAUCAUGCAAAUCAUGUCCGGAAACUUAUUCGUGACAGGAUGCACAACUUCAUUCUUUCAAUUACCUCAAAUCGAGUACCGUCCUAUCAGCAGCGAUUUCCACCCGGUUUAUCAGUAGUACAUGUGGAACUUUCAGCCCUUACUGCACGUUUUGCACGCAUUGUAAAUCAUAAUAGAGAAACUUUUGGUCCAUAUUAUGGCCAAUUAAUUAAAAGAUUGAUGAAUAACUAA